AUGAUAAAAAUUGAAUUGCACACUGAUGAACUUUCUCAAGUUUUAUGCAUACUUGGUGGAUUCAUAAUAUGUUAUGGUUUGGUAUCUUAUUUAAUCAAAGAACGAUUGUACUUAUCUGAAGCUUUGGUAUCAACAAUUGUAGGGAUAAUUUUAGGUCCUGUAGCUUUACGUAUCUUGAAUCCUAGUGUAUGGGGAAAUCAAACUGAAAUUACUCAUGGAUUUACGCGAAUUGUUCUUGCCAUUCAAGUUAUGUUCUCUGUUAAAGAGUUCAAAUCUCUUAUGAUUUUACUUUUUCCUGUAUUGAUUUCCUCAUGGAUUUUUAGUGGAUUAUUAAUAUGGUGGAUAAUUCCACAAUUAACAUUUUUAGGAUCACUGGCAUUAGCAGCAUGUAUAACUCCUACUGACCCGAUUUUAUCAAAUUCAGUGGUUAAAGGAAAAUUUGCAGAGAAACAUGUUCCUCCUCAUAUUCGAAAUUUACUUUCAGCUGAAAGAGAAUCUGUUGGUCCAAUUAUUGGAAAAUGGAUUUUAAUUUCGUGGCUUUAUGAAAUUGGAGUUGCAAUUGUUGUGGGAAUUCUAUUAUAUUAUUCAGAACAAAAUCGAUUAAUAGAUAAAGAAUCAUUUCUGGUGUUUGCCAUAGCUUUAGCAGUAUGUUUAUGGUUAUAA